AUGAAUAUGAAAUUUGAAAGUUUACCGAAUGAAAUGCUGUUCGAGAUCUUCGAAUAUCUCGAUGCUCUCCAUCUUCUUGGUGCUUUCUAUGGAUUAAAUGCUCGAUUUAACAAGUUCCUUAACGAUUCGUUUAAACUUUACCGUUUGGAUUUUCGAUCAGUAUCAAAAACUAAUUUUACAACAGUUUGUCAACUACAUCUGCCAUCAAUUACUGAUAAAAUUAUUUCGCUUUAUUUAACCGAUGAUGAUGAAACGCCAAAUCUUCCUGAAAUUUUUCUAUCCUAUAAUUUUACUCUUGAUCAAUUUGUUCAUCUGAAAUCACUUUCACUUCAAUUAAUUCAAUCUCACGACGUUCUGAGCAAAAUCUUAGUACAAUGCCAUCGUCUUUCGUAUCUGACGCAUCUCAAAUUAAUUGAAUGUGUUUUUAAUAAUGAAGAAAACUAUUUAGUUAACAAUAUUUGGAGUCUACCAAAACUAAUCAACUGUCAUAUAGAUGAUAUAAUGCCGAACGGACUAUAUUUCUCUAAACUUUCAGUAAAAUCAACAUCUAUAAAAUAUCUUUCUAUGAAAAAUAUAAUCUGUGAUUUGGUUUCUCUAACUUAUGUUCUCGAGCAAACACCUUGUCUUGAACGAUUUAACGCAGCAAUCAUAUCUACUGAGAAAAAUGAAAAACUUCAUAUUAGGACGUCAGUUUUAAUUGGCUUACAUCUGUCAUUUCGUGGUUCGAUACAAACGAUGAUGAAUCUCUUUCAACAAUUGUGUAAUCUACGUUAUUUAACGUUGACUACAACAUAUUUAAUACUCAAUGGACAUGAAUGGCAGAAUAUUCUUAGUCAAUAUUUACCAAAAGUUGAACUGUUUCGAUUAAAAAUGGAUUUUCAUUUUCGUCAAGGCAAUAAUAUAGAAUGCAAAAUUGAUGAAUUACUCGAUACAUUUCAAACACAUUUUUGGAUAAUAAAACAUCGAUGGUUUGUUCGAUGCGAUUGGAAUCCAUCCAAUGCAUUCAAUCAGGCUAGCCUUUAUACUUUACCAUAUGCUUUUGAUGACUUGAAUUUUAUCAGUGAAUCUAAUUCGAAAUCAACGUGUCCAAAUAAACACGAUUUUUCGUGUUAUAAUCAUGUUCGAACUCUUCAAAUUGAAAGUACUGCAUCAAAUCAUUUCGUUUAUUUUCCUAUUCAAUUUUCAAAUAUUUCUCAUCUGGAAAUAUUUCUUCCUUUCAAUGAGCAAUUUUUAUGCAAUAUUCCAUCAUUAGAUCGAUUAAAAUCUCUUGAUGUUACAUUGCUACCUGGCGACACUGUCUACGAUCAAUUACAGUUAUUACUUGAUCGUGCACCUCGUCUUCAUUUAUUAAGAUUUUCUCAUUUAUCGGAUUUAGAAAGUAGAUUAUUUGAAAUUCACAACGCUUCAAUUCGUCGAUUGGAAUUUUUUACAAAAGAAUCUAUGCUGUACAGUUGGUAUUUCGAUAAACAACAAUGUCUUUCAUUAGCUAAUUCAUCAUUAGGACGACAAUGUCAAACUCUUGUUGUUGAUGUAAAUGACCGAAAUAAUGUAAACGAUUUAAUUAAAAAUAUGAAAAAUCUUCAAUCGUUAGUAUGCCAAUGUAAAGAAGAUAAAUGGACUCAUAGAAAAAUAUCAUCAGUAAACGAUGAAUUUAUUCAAUGGUUAACCGAACAUUUACCAUCAACAUGUUCGAUAUCAAGAAAUGCAUAUGAAAAUUCUAUUAUUCAAAUGUGGAUUCGAUGA